UCAAUUUAUCCACCACAACUCUUCAGAGGGAUGUCUUUCCUAUAAGUUUACUAAACUGAGGCAUUGACCCAAGUUCUGCAACUUCUAUUCAUUACUUCUUGCUUACUUUUAAGCAGUCUUUAAGGUAUCUUGUUUGAGGAUAAAUAGUGCGACACUUUUAGAGAAGACAGGCGCGUACUGAAACAUCCAACUUUGGAUUAUAGUUUCUGUUUCUCGUCUUUCAGUUGAGAAAACCCGACUCGUGAUGGUUGUUCUGUCACUUAGGUUACUAAUGGUAGGAGUUGUUGUAAGUCUGACUUCAGCUCUUCAGGCUGGUGAAAGUAUAGGUAAAGAAGACUUGUUUAAGAGCCGUUUGAAAGAAUAUGGCCUCAUUACUCCCAUCAGUACCGACGCAGAGGGACACUACCUCUCGCAUCUUCUUUCAGCCAAUCACAAGCAGCGUGUGAAGCGGGAGGUUUUGGAAGGGUCAACACAAGCUGUAGACAGGCUGUUCUUUAACAUCACUGUCUUUGGCAAGGAAUUCCACCUCCGACUACAUCCCAACCAAAGAUUAGUGGCUCCAGGAGCCAUGGUUGAAUGGCACGAUGAGAUCGAAAUAGCUGGAAAUGCAACUGAGAAUGGAACCCAUUCAGAGAGAAUACUCAGAAGGGAGUUGCUGAAAACGGACUGCACUUUUAUAGGGGACAUCACAGAUGUGCCUGGAGCCUCUGUCGCCAUUAACAACUGUGAUGGACUGGCUGGUAUGAUUCGAACUGAUUCCGAUGAGUACUUCAUUGAGCCUCUGGAGCGAGGAACACAGGAACACGAGGAGAGGGGAAGAGUGCAUGUGGUGUACCGAAGGUCUGCAGUAUUGAAAGCGCCUUCAGAUAUCUCUUUGGAUUACCAGCCAAUCGAGCCUGAAUUGGAUGCGCCAAGGGUGCUGGAUAAUAUUGCUAAACAAGUCAACCGGACAGUCAGGAGACGGAGACACGCUGGUGAUGAUGACUACAACAUUGAGGUGCUGCUUGGAGUAGAUGAUACUGUUGUCCGUUUCCAUGGGAAAGAGCAUGUGCAGAACUAUCUCCUCACCCUCAUGAACAUUGUGAAUGAGAUCUACCAUGAUGAAUCAUUGGGAGUGCACAUUAAUGUUGUGCUUGUGAGGAUGAUCAUGCUUGGAUAUGCUAAGUCCAUCAGUCUCAUUGAGGGUGGCAACCCUUCGCGAAGCCUGGAAAACGUGUGCCGCUGGGCAGUCAUCCAGCAGAAAGAGGAUCCAGAGCACUCCGAGCAUCACGACCAUGCCAUCUUCUUGACCCGGCAAGGCUUCGGCCCCACCGGCAUGCAAGGAUAUGCCCCUGUCACCGGGAUGUGCCACCCUGUCCGCAGCUGCACCCUCAAUCAUGAAGACGGCUUCUCUUCUGCCUUUGUUGUAGCCCAUGAGACAGGACAUGUGCUUGGAAUGGAGCAUGACGGUCAGGGCAACCGCUGCGGUGACGAAACAGCAAUGGGAAGUGUCAUGGCCCCUCUGGUGCAAGCAGCGUUCCACCGCUACCACUGGUCGAUGUGCAGUGGGCAAGAGCUGAAGAGAUACAUUCAUUCCUAUGACUGCCUGCUGGACGAUCCCUUCAAACAUGACUGGCCGCAGCUCCCUGAACUUCCUGGCAUCAAUUACUCCAUGGAUGAGCAGUGUCGCUUUGAUUUUGGAGUUGGAUACAAAAUCUGUACUUCAUUUCGCACGUUUGAUCCAUGCAAGCAGCUGUGGUGCAGUCAUCCAGAUAACCCUUACUUCUGCAAGACCAAAAAAGGGCCUCCAUUGGACGGGACUGAAUGUGCACCUGGGAAGUGGUGCUACAAAGGUCACUGCAUGUGGAAGAAUGCCAACCAAGUGAAGCAAGAUGGAGCCUGGAGUGCCUGGAGCAAGUAUGGCUCCUGCUCUCGUUCCUGUGGGACGGGUGUCCGCUUCAGAACCCGCCAGUGCAACAACCCUGUUCCAUCUAAUGGAGGUCAGGACUGUCCAGGGGUGAACUAUGAGUACCAGCUGUGUAACAUAGAUGAUUGCCCCAAACACUUUGAGGACUUCAGAGCUCAGCAAUGUCAACUUCGCAACUCCCACUUUGAAUACCAGAAUGCCAAACACCACUGGCUUCCCUACGAACACCCAGAUGCCAGCAAAAGAUGUCACCUUUAUUGCCAGUCAAAAGAAACAGGUGACGUGGCUUACAUGAAGCAGCUGGUGCAUGAUGGGACAAGGUGCUCUUACAAAGACACGUAUAGCAUCUGUGUACGCGGAGAGUGUGUGAAAGUGGGCUGUGACAGGGAAAUUGGCUCCAAUAAGGUGGAGGAUAAGUGUGGUGUGUGUGGAGGUGACAACUCCCACUGCCAAACUGUAAAAGGAGCCUUCACCCGUGUGCCUAAGAAAGCCGGUUACCUAAAGAUGUUUCUCAUUCCUCCUGGGGCUAGACAUGUGAUCAUACAAGAACAUGAGGCUUCUCCUCAAAUUCUUGCUAUCAAGAACCAGGCAACCGGGCAUUACAUUCUCAACGGCAAAGGCGAAGAUGCAAGAUCUCGGCGCUUCAUCGAGAUGGGAGUGGAGUGGGACUACCUCAUUGAGGACAAUGUCGAGACUCUUCACACUGAUGGUCCUCUACAUGAUGCAAUUGUUGUUCUGAUUAUACCUAAAGACAAUGAGACAAGGUCCAUGCUAAUGUACAAAUACAUCAUCCACGAAGAUUCAGUGCCACUUAACAACAAUAAUGUCAUUCAGGAGGACACAUAUGAGUGGGCACUGAAGAGCUGGUCCCAAUGUUCAAGACCUUGUGCUGGAGGAUUCCAGUACACUAAAUACGGGUGUCGUAAAAAAGGUGACAACAAUAUGGUGCACAGAGACUACUGUGACAUCAACAAGAAACCCAAACCUAUUCGAAGAAUGUGUAACUUACAGAACUGUACGCAACCACAAUGGAUCACAGAGGAGUGGGAACACUGCACUAAAACCUGUGGAAGCUUGGGAUACCAAAUUCGCACUGUGCGCUGUGUUCAGUUCCUUCAUGAAGGCACAAACCGCUCCAUCCACAGCAAGUACUGCAGUGGGGAAAAGCCUGAGAUCAGGAGGCCAUGUAACAGAGUUCCCUGCCCAGCCCAAUGGAGAACCGGGGCCUGGUCAGAGUGCUCAGUGUCCUGUGGAGAAGGUGUGGUGCAACGUCUGGUCACUUGUCGUGUUGGAGAUCAGUGCACCCGUGAGAAGCCUGAGUCGCACAAGCCCUGCAGGCCAGGACCCUGCCAUGAUGUUCCAUGCGUAGGAGACAAGUCCAUAUUCUGUCAGAUGGAGGUUCUGGCUCGUUAUUGCUCGAUACCAGGUUACAACAAGCUCUGCUGUGAAUCCUGCAGUAAGCGAAGUGGCACUUUUGCUCCUCUUCUGCAUGAAGCUGCUAAGACAGAAGAGGGACUUCGCUUCGGUUCAGCCUCCCAACUUCUGGAGGCACUCUCAGCUUCUGUAAAUGGAACUCUGAAAGUCCCACAGCUACACCAGCAGGGAGUCUCGUCACAAGGCCAAUUUUCCAAGCAGACUGCCACUCCCCCGCCUCACAAACUCAAUACCGAGAACAGCAAGACUCAAAAGCGCCUCAAACUCAGCACAAGGAAUCUGCCUGCAAUGACGAUCCAUAGCUCGUGGGACGAGGAUGCCGCUAAAGAUGUGCCAUGGCAGCUGGAAAGUUUCCGGGAGAGUCAGUGGCCAACAGCAUUAUCUGAGGUGGAGAGAUGAAGGCUAGUUUGUCUGUUCUUUUUUCCUCUGGACUCUCUCUUAUUUGUUUGUCGUAGACCUAGAACUUUAACAUUCAUCUUUCCCUUCAGAUCAUCCUCAAGAUAUUUAAAAGCAAGAGAGAGUAAAGUGCUGGUUCACUUUCAAAUGUUCUCAAUUCCCCUGCCAGCAGUAUUUGUUUUGAAAACACGCUUGUCAAUCACACACUGUUGUGAUGGGGAAUGUGCCAAAGAAGUUCUUACGAUGAUCCUCUCAGCAGCCUGGUCUAUGGGGGUAUGGUGCGCGUAAAUGAAGAGGCUCCGGUGGUAGUUGUAUCAAACUUCACAAUCUUUACGGUUUUAUUUUUACCAGCUCCAAACAUGUUUGACCAAUUCAUAUUUAUGAACGUUCCUGUAAAUACUGUAUAUGGAAAAUGUCAGUAUUAUUUUUACAAAAAUACAAACUGAGGAUUUUUAAAAUAAGCGAUUCAGGAGCAUUAUCAGAGCUUUUUAUAUAAAGAACAAUUUAAUAAUAUGUUAGGAAAUAUGCUAUCAGCCAUGAGUUCAGCACUGAAGAAUAUAUAUUCCAAAAUGGUGUGAGCUGCAGGAACAAACAUCAGUGAAAUUAAAAUAGCCAUAAAAUAUUUACUUUUCAUUCCAAAAUUAUUUCAUUCAUGAAUCAGCCUCUCAGCAAGUCAUCGAUCAAAUGAAGUCUCAUAGACUGUGAAAACUGUCAGUUGUUUUUUUUUUUUUCCUCAUUUUGCCAUGAUGUGGAGGCUUAACACUUGACUCUUAAGGCCGGUACACACCAAGCCGAAUUCAAAGAACUAGCGGCGACGAAAGCCAACAGUGUUGUCGCCUCGCUUCGGCAGCGUCUGGACAAAAAGCUGCGCUUGAACACACCGCACAGACAAUAUAUUAAUACAAUAUAUUUGUCAGUUAAAAGGAGAAACUGAAACAAAGAUAUACGAAAUAAACACAGAUAUAUGAAAUGUAAACAACUCAAUGCUUGCUUACCAUUUUGAAUAUCGGUUACUUUGAUAACUUUCUUCAUUUUAAGUGGCUCAUGUUGUUAUGAUAAUAUUCACAUAUUGGAAUGCUUGGGUAAGAUCACGUAACAUUAGAACAGUCUUCUGUUUGUGCCACCUUCAUUUACGAACUCGUUUUCAUCACUUUCGCUUUAAUUCUCUGGCACUGACUUGUUUGCGAAACUAGGCAUCCAAUCGGAGUUCUCACUUUCCCUGACGGCCCCAGUGGUCCCGACACCGAUUCAACAUGUUGAAUCGGGCAAACUCCUGCCGACAUGAGCCUGACGAGAGCUGACGUGUGGAACACACCAAACAAACUAGCCCGACAGACACACGCCGACCGUCGGCUUGGUGUGUCCCAGCCUUUAAGAAUUCACCCUUGCAGCCAAAAGUUUGUUUAGCCAACAAUAAAAUUGAGUGUGAACAACAUGUCAAGCAGCUUCACCAUGAUGUAAGAGACCCAUCAUAUAUAUUGUGAGAUAAAUUGGAGGUUUAAGGCCAGAUUUGAAGGAGUAAAGCUGGACUUUCUGGAGAUCUUAUACUGUGAGACACUGCACAAGAUUAUCUCACUUGUCUGAGGGAGAGGAAAGCUAUUUAUUUUUAAUUAUUAAGGAUUAUAUCACAACCACAAUGCAUCUGACUGCAAUAUCAAGUAAACCAGUUAAGCCAGGCUCACACUACAAGAUUUUUGGCUCAUUUUUUCGUGGACAAAUUUCCACAGUCUGCAAAAAAAAAACCAGAUCGCAACCAAAUCGGUGCUUGUUGCGGUCGCCAAAGCUCGUUAAGUAUGAGCAGGUCAGCAACGUGAUCCGAACCUGUCUCGAGCUAUCAUAGACACUACGACAUUUUCAAACAUGUUUGAUAUUAUCGCCACGUGAUCUUGUAAUGUGAGCGACACAAUGACAAGGUGGAACUAAUCCAGCCAAUCACAGUGCAGAUGGUAUAAACAGUCUUAUCAUGCAUCUUUAUGAACAGAGACAAAAAGCCAAAUUAAUCAAAUCAACUAACUAGAAAUAAAUUUAACAAAUUCAUAGAUUGUGUAUAUAAAACCCACAUUUCAUCGUACUGUUUAAUUACCUCCAACUCUUUCUGCAGUACUGACAGUCCUUGUUGUCCACGUCUUCCACGCCAUUGUUUCUGCUAUAUUCUCUUUUGUCGUGGUUUCUUCUUUCUUUCGGCUAAAAUAACUGCACAGACCAAUUGAAGGGCUAGUUGAUCAUCCAUGCUUGAAGAAAUGGCCUAUAAUCGCUGUAAUUUCUCACGAGAGUUUAUGUGAGAAAACGUAUUUUCGCUGAUGGUCAGGAACGUCUCUUCACAGAAUGUUUUGUAUUGUGUGCGCCUCGUCAGCGUUGUGUUGUGUAGUAUGUGCACAGAAAUCUUGUUGCGUAGUGUGAGCAACACAGUGAUUUGGCUAGUCUUUCAAUCAUGUAGUGUGAGCUUGCCAGUAGUCUAUCAGUGGAGUUCAGCUGUUCAUAACUGUACACACAUGGUCACCUGUGUGCCACUGUAAAGCUAUUGUAUAUUCCAUUGAGAACUCAAGAGUAUUUAUUACGAUUCAAAGUUCAACAUCAUGUCAUAUGUGCAGCAUCAUCUGUCAUUUGAGACAAAAAAAAUACAGACUUGCAUUAAGUAGUAAGAGUAGCUCCUAAAAGUAGACGUUUGAAUAACCUUAUUGUUGUUGUUGUUUUAACUGCCAUUUUAGAUACAAUAAGACAAAUGCUCAGUUUUUGAGAUGUUAAAAGGGAAAGCUGUUUCACAGCUGUUUUAGAAUAGAAAAAUUGUAGAGAAAAUCCUAAACAAAGCUGUCAUUUACAGUGAUUCAUAUUGUCCUUCAUCCACAAAUCCCCCAAUCCUGCACGAAACUGUUUUUGCAGUUAAUUCGUAGCUUUAAAAAAAAAAAAAUAUAGACAAUAAUUGUAUCUGCAUACAGAUAGUGUCAGUUGUGUUUUUGAACACAAAAAAAGCUUUCAUUUUAUUGUCGUUCACUUUCUGCUAAUAAAUUGUUGCUAAUAUUAUCAACUAAUAUUAUCAGCUAAUAUUAUAUUCAGAGACCCAAAAGAAUGCAAGAUAGCAGAAGUUAAUUUGACAAUCCCUAAGCCACAGACAGACAACCAACAUAAAGGAUAAAGCACAUUUAUCCUCACAAUUCCAGGUUCAUGUGUGUUAAUUGUUGUUCUGGCUUACAAAGACACUUUCAGUUGCUAACCGCUUGCAGUCAUUUCUUUUUGUUUUAAUUUGUACUUUUGUUAGUUGUAAUGGAAGUGUACACUACUGAGGCUGUUUGUUGUAAUGGGGAGCACAUAGCAAUAAAGAAAGUAAUA